AUGGUGAGAACCCCUUACUGUGACAAAAGUGGACUCAGAAAAGGAACGUGGACACCAGAAGAAGAUUGGAAGCUGACUGCUUAUGUCACUACACAUGGCCACAAAAAUUGGCGCAAAUUGCCUAAGUUUGCAGGUCUUGCUAGGUGUGGAAAGAGUUGCAGAUUGAGGUGGAUGAACUAUUUAAGGCCAGGCAUCAAGAGAGGGAACUACACUUACGAAGAAGAAGAGACAAUUAUCAAACUCCACGCAAGUCUUGGAAAUAGGUGGUCUGUGAUUGCCUCUCACUUACCUGGAAGAUCAGAUAACGAGAUAAAAAAUCACUGGCAUGCACAUCUUAAGAAGCGCUUUCAACAUAAUUCUGAAACAGAUGAAAAAGUUGAAGCUUCCACUCCAAAACACCACUCCCCAGUGGAAUCCAUUCAAGAGGAAUCAGUGGAAGUUGAUGGAAGCUGUUUCCAAAGCAGUUCCCCAGAUACUUUCCAAACUCCUAAUGGUGCUUCUCCAUCGUCCCAGCUCCCAUCAUUGAACGAUGAUUUGCGCAUGAUAACUGAACCUGCACCAGCCAGUAGCGGGAAUUUGGUUGAUGACUUUGCUGAUGUUAUGGAGGAAAACACAGAUCCUAUAAGUGCAUAUUCUUGGAAAGAACUCUAUGAAAUUUCGUACUUCAGCGAAUUUCUGGCUCCUUUUGUGACUGAACCUGAAAGUUUUUGUCCAUUUUAUGAUGAUUGGGGGAUGUUCGAACAGUAA